CAGCAGCUCUAAUGGAACAUCUUUCCAUGAUUGAAGGCUUUGACCAAGAGAGCUUAUCCUUCUUGUCUAAAGUCACCUCUUCUUCUGGCCUUGGAGAAGAAACCUACUUCCCUCCUUCACUCCGUCACCUUCCUCCAAGAACUGACCAUAAGAACUGCAUUCAAGAAGCUCAUAUGCUCUUCUUCCCCAUCCUUCAAGACUUGUUCUCUAAAACCAGGAUAUCUCCUCAAGAAAUAGACAUCCUUGUGCUUAACUGCAGUGCCUUCUGUUCCUCUCCCUCACUCUCCUCCAUCAUUGUCAACCGUUUUGCAAUGCGAGAUAAUGUGAAGACCUUCAACCUCUCCGGCAUGGGCUGCAGCGCCGGUGUAAUCAGCAUUGACAUUGCAAGAACUCUCCUCCAACUCAACCGUGGAUCAUUCGCUCUGAUAAUCAGCACUGAAGUUCUUUCCACUGGUUGGUACUCCGGCAAAGAUCAACGUAAGCUUCUGCUCAACUGUGUCUUCCGUUCCGGCAGUGCUGCCGUGCUUCUCACCAACAAAAAGCCAUAAGAGAAGAAGACUCCAAAGGAAUCACCGGAGUCUCCAUUGAACGCAAUUUACUGCAUGUGGCCAGAGACUUACUACGUUCUCAC